UUGGAUUUGUAUUUUGCCUUUUAUAUCACGCCUUCUUAUAUCACUCAAUCAAGAGUGAACAUAAAGCCAAAAAGUUACAUUUAGAACAAGAAGAACAUGAUGACGACUAUCAUUAUCACCCUGCACCCCAUUUCUACCCAUUUUUUGAUCCCGAAUAUGUACAUGAUCACGAUCAUGAACAUGAACACACACAUGAACCUCAACACGCUCAUGAACAUGACCAUGGACACGACCAUGGACACGAUCACGGACAUGAUCAAGGACAUGAUCAAGGACAUGAACAUGGAGGACAUGUAUGUACAUGCAAAAAUAAAGGGAAUAAGAAACCAGGAGAACCAUGUGAUUGCCAAAAAGCAAAAUUAGAACAAGAAAAAAAAGAUAAAUAA